AAGGGAAAACAUUUAAGUUACCAUAAAGGAGCAAGUAUUUUUUUCUAGAGGAUGCUCUAUAGGGUUACGAUCAUUUUAAUUAGUUUGGUUUGAUUUGGAUUAACCUGGGUCCUUGCCAGUGAGUGAGUAGGUGUUGCCAAAAAAAAUCAUCUUCUCCUCAUUGUUCCAGAGUCACUCUGUCCAGAGCCACAUAAGCAAAGCAUGGGAUCAAGUCAGUCUAAAGCUCCUCCAGUGUCACCUCCUUCACCACUGUUAAGGCAGCCAUGGAGGGAGGUGUCAGAGAAGUACAAGGACAAUCUUGAGUUUGUGAAAUCUUAUCAGCCUGAAAACAAACAGGUCAAACAUCUCAGGAUUCUGCUUUAUGGACCAGUUGGUGCUGGAAAGUCGAGCUUCAUCAACUCUGUCGACAGCGUUUUAAAAGGCAGAGCUGCUGGUCGAGCUCAGGCAGAUGCAAUCUCUGGGAAAAGCUUCACCAGACAGUACAAGACCUUCAAAUUUCGCAAAAGUCCAGGGGUCACUUACUCUUUUGUUUUCAAUGACAUCAUGGGCCUUGAGCCAGGACCUGACACUGGAGUCUGUGAAGGAGACCUCAAACUGGCCCUGAGAGGACACGUGAGAGAAGGUUACAAGUUUGACCCUGACCAAAAACUGAAGGAGGGUGAUGAUGGCUACAACUCCGAUCCCACUUUGGAAGACAAAGUUCACGUUCUGGUGUGUGUUGUUGCUGCGGCAGCAAUGUCUAGGUUAAGUGAUCAGAUGGUGAAGAAGAUUAGAGAGGUCAGACUGGCAGCCAGUAAACUGGGAAUUCCCCAAAUGGCUAUUCUCACCAAAGUUGAUGAAGCCUGUCCUGAGGUUAAAAAGGACACAGGCAAUAUCUAUAAGGUCAAGUACCUGAAGGAAAAGGUUGAACAUUUCCACCACCAGAAGCUGGGCAUUCCAGAGAACUGCAUCUUCCUUCUGAAGAACUACAGUCAUGAAACUGAGUCAAAUGACAAAAUGAACGCUGCGAUAGUGUGCGCACUGAAACAGAUGCUUCACUAUGGAGACGACUACCUCAAUGACCUGGAAACAUGAAUUCCCCAGAGGCAAAAACACAGUAGGCGAUUUGUCGGGGAAUGAGGAAAUAUUCAGCCAAUUUUUACUGUCUAGCCAAGCAGACAAGCUUAAAGAAUAAAUAUGGAUUAAAAAUGCAUAAAAAUUAGGUCCUAAAGUCUUUAUAUAAUUUCUCUCAUAGAAACUUUGCACAACAGCAGGACAAUGCUCUGUCAUUAGGUCGUUAGCUUGGUGUGACGUCAUCACGUGAUCUGGUCAACAACUCAGCUGAUAUGGUUGGAAUACACGUUGAUUAAUAAUAUUGUUAUUGUUGGCUUUGUAUCAUGUAUCAUUGAGUUCCUGGUCGUUGGAGGUAAUGAAGUACAAAUAUAAAGAAUAUACUCUGUGCAAAAAAAUUUAAA